AGAAGCAGGUGUAGGCACUUUUAUCCCCACAUGACCCCAAGGCCAAGCUGAGCUGUUCGAAGACUGACUUCUCGACUGAACAUAGAUGUUUGACUCUUACAGGCAUGGGUCGUAAGGUUAACAUUAAAUUCCUCAUUCCCCACUGGUUUUUUUGCGCGUGAGUCUUUUCUUUAAUGGUGGGAAUGUUCUGACUUUAUUUUUAUACUAGCAUCUUAUCGCAGCGCGGAGAUUUAUUAUUAUUUCGAUAAGCAGUCGGAACUUCUAUUGAUGCCGAGCAGAACGAAGCACUAGAUACAGAAGCCUCGUUUGAUGUAGUCAUUCAUUUGAGUUAGUAGUUUCAUGUUGAGCUACGAACUUUUGUUUUUCUUGUGUGAUUAGAGAACAGAACAUCAUGUCUCCUCCCGCGGACGAUGUUGACAUGGUGCCUGCGGGACCAAAAAAACCGGUUGUGGAGACGUUCGGGUCUGUUAGAGUAGACCGCAGUGGGCUUAUGCCAGAUAUAGACGACGAUCUGCUUGCUUGCGACGUGGCAGACACUGCACCACAAAGCUUUCUCGGUGAUGGUGCUAGCAGCAGUGGUCGCGGCGCGUGGGUGAAUCCCGGAGCGUUUGGUCGGGGAGUCGGCGCUCCGAACAACGUCCCUGGCGCUCCUGAGGCCGGAGGUAAUACAGCCGGGAAGCAGGCAGAGCAGGAGGCAUGUGAGUGGACGGUCUUGGGCAAGGACAUCCCGCUAACGCCCGGCCAGACCGAAGUCUGCCUUUCGACCGCACGCAUUCGACAGAUAUGCAACCUGGAUAUAGUGGGAAAAUCACUUCAAGUGCUGAAACUAAUCGCGAACAACGUCGAACGAAUUGAGGGCUUGGAAGCGUGUCCGAAUCUGCGACACCUUGAGCUCUACCAAAACGCGAUAAAGAAGAUCGAGAAUUUAGAGUGCUGUCCAGAAUUGGAGCAUUUGGACCUUUCCUUCAACCGCAUCCGCACAUUAGGUUACCUUGCACAGCCAAACUGUGUCUUUGCGAAAAAGCUCAAGAAAUUGUACUUGGCUUUGCUAUUUUCAUCUCUCUACUUACUCAUAAAUCUCUCUACUCACAGCUUGUGCUAUUUGUACAACAACUUGUAGAAGUAGACGCAAGAUGAACUAUUGAGAAGUAGAUGAAGUUGAAGGUGCUGACACUAAAUCGGUACCGCUGAAGAUAUGAACCAUCAAAAUAUUCUUUUCAUGACAACUCAAAAGCCUGAAACUUGUACACCAACUCCAAGUCAUGCAGGUACCUUCCAUCCAACAAGAUAGAGGAGAUUCCUGACGGCGCGCUUGCGGCCUUCCCCAAUCUAGAGGUUUUAGAACUCGGAGCCAACAGACUUCGAGAAAUCAACCUGUCCGAGUUGCGAGAACUGAGGGAGCUGUGGCUGGGCAAAAACAAGAUACGAAAUAUGGCCAUGUCCGUGAGAAUGCCGAAACUGGAGAUCUGCAGUGUCCAGUGCAACCGACUGGAAAAAUGGGAAAGCAACUUUUUCCAGAAUGCACCGAAUUUGCAGCAACUUUAUCUAAGUACUUCGUUCUAGAAUAAUCCAGCGUUUUAUUUUGUAAAUCGUUAUUGCUUUUGUUUUGUUUCUCAUUCCGUCACAGGAGAACAGAAAAAAUGAAAAGUAGAAUAUAUGAAUGCUGAUGUAGGAUUACUUCUACUGUAGUUCGGAUUUACUUCUGUAGAUUUAAAAGCAACUUCUUCUUCAGCAGAAAAGAAUCAUUACCGCAACCACAUUCCAAACCUCUCAGGUGAAAACAACUUAGCGGAUUUUGAGUUCAGCGAGACGUUCGCGCACACACCGCAGCUCCGUAUCCUCGAUCUUUCACAGAACAAACCCUUGACGACUAUCCCCAGUGAUUUCCGACUCGCCCAUCUAGAAUUAAGGCUGUACCUAAUACAUCUUUGGACGUAUCCUUGGAACUACGUAUGGAGGAGUAUCCUAAGGGAAUACUCUCCCAUACUUUUCAAGGAUGCACUUGAAAGAUGAAUUGCGGACAGCUCUAAUAGAAGAGCUGUGGUGCUCGUCCUGCGGGAUCGACUUCGAAGACGAAAAUAGUCCCGGUAUAGCGGGCUUGUGGAACCUGAAGCUGAAGUGCCUGUACCUAGAGCAUUGUCGGGGUUACGACGCCAAUGCGAGCGACGGAGGCGAGCGCUACAAGCGAGUACUCCGCAAAGUCUGUGGCCCUGGCCUGGAGCAGCUUGACGCGCUUGUUUUGGAGUUCCAAGACGCGAUGCGCGACGACCCGCAGACCAAGUACAACGUGAUCUAUCAGGCGCGCGACGACUCCGUCCCUGGCAUCCGUCGCUUCGGCAACGAAGGACAGACACUCAAUGGCAAUCAUGGAGGUAUCAAUAAUGGCACUACUCAAUACACAAACACCCCAGCGGCACCACCCACGACUGGACCAGCGACAAACGACGACAUCAAUUCCCCGAACAAUAUCGACAGACUAGGUGGAGGUGGUGGCAGAAGCCCGCGGAACGACGAGACACCCACUAGCCCGAUCUCCAAUCAAGAUAACAUGAAUAUGGAUAACGCCAUGUGUGAUCGAGAUGACAGCGGAGGAGGCGGCAAGAGGAUGGAUGUCGACUAG